UCUUUCUAACUUCUAGUGCCUCAAACAGUAUAUGCAGUUGGCAAUCCGAGAAGGAUGUGGGUCUCCCAUCACUUGCCCUGACAUGGUGUGCCUAAACCACGGGACUCUGCAGGAAGCGGAGAUUGCCUGUUUGGUACCCGUGGAUCAGUUUCAGCUGUAUCAGCGCUUAAAAUUUGAACGUGAAGUUCACCUGGAUCCCUACCGAACAUGGUGUCCUGUUGCAGACUGUCAGACAGUAUGCCCCAUCGCUUCAAGUGACCCAGGACAGCCUGUGCCGGUGGAAUGUCCGUCUUGCCACCUGAAAUUCUGCUCUUGUUGCAAAGAUGCUUGGCACGCAGAAGUCUCCUGUAGAGACAGUCAGCCUAUUGUCCUGCCAACAGAGCAUGGGGCCCUCUUUGGGACAGACACAGAAGCCCCUAUUAAGCAAUGCCCAGUUUGCCGGGUGUAUAUCGAACGCAAUGAAGGCUGUGCUCAGAUGAUGUGUAAGAACUGCAAACACACAUUCUGCUGGUACUGUCUCCAGAACCUGGAUAAUGACAUUUUCCUCAGACAUUAUGACAAAGGGCCAUGUAGGAAUAAACUUGGCCACUCAAGAGCAUCAGUGAUGUGGAACCGAACACAGGUGGUGGGGAUUCUUGUAGGAUUGGGCAUCAUUGCCUUGGUGACUUCACCUUUGUUACUCCUGGCUUCUCCAUGUAUAAUCUGUUGUGUCUGCAAGUCCUGUAGGGGCAAGAAGAAAAAGCACGACCCCUCCACAACCUAAAGAUCUCUGUGUUCACGUGCCACAGAUGUCUGGGUUAUAUGAGACAGCACAGUGAAAAAGCCCCACUUAGUGACCUUUCCUCCUUCUCCUUGCCAAACUUUGGAAGUGCCUCUGUGUCCAGACUUUGAACUUGCCUGCCAGCCUUCAGCAUUGGAAAAGACCUAAUCCUGAGUGUGAGUGUUCCUGUGUAAAAAGAGCUGGGCUGCACAGUCCAGGCUGUGUCUGUGGAGCCUGUCAGGAGCCUUGGAGUUGCUUGGUGGGGGAAACUAACACAUCAUCAUUCUAUCAUCCAAAGGAUCCCACUGGACUGUUCAACUUCCAGACACAUUCAAGGAGCCUGACUGAUCAUUCAAUGUAAUAAAUGUAUUGUCACGGUUGGCAACCUAUGACAUAAUUGAGAAGACACAGUCUGUUCUGUGUUGAUUUGACCACCAUGAGAAACACAGGGGAAACCCGACGUGGGAGGGGAAAGAUAAGACUGCAUAAGGAGAAUUUUCAUAAGAGCUAUAUAAAGCAGGUUGCUUAUCUUAGGGGUUGAUAUGGUGUUUGUGCCUCUGCUGGCUAUUGGGUGUGCUGUUCCCAACGUUCCCACAGUGACUUGGCAAAAACACAAUAGGUUUCUCCUUGUGUGAUCUCAGCUUCAAGCAGGAGAAACUGCUGUGCAGAAGUUGUCCCUUUCCAGAAAAAGGGUUGCUGCAUGUAAAACAAUGUGGUCUAAUUUAGUGUCUCCCCCAUGGGAAAUGUAAGUUUUCUAAGGUGACCAACUCGUCUCUUACAGCCAGUAGCUAUGGUCUACAAAAUUGUUUUAUAUGAAAUAUGGGUGGAGUGGUAGAAGUUCAAAACCUUUAUCCUAGAUAACAGGGACCUUUUUCAGGCUCUGUGUUUAUAUGCCCAACAGAUUUGGAGUUGGACCUAAAAGUACACAUCAAGAGUAAAUAUUAAAGUCCAUAUGUGCAUCUAGAAUCCAUAUAACUUGCAGCCUACCUAGAAUUUCUAUCCACUGGGCAUACAUAGAUAUACCCAAUAGUGCAUAGAGAAUAAAUGUUUACUUAAAAGUCAUUCUAUCUUUUUGUGACUAAAAUGGUUUAUUAUAAGUCAACCUAAAGAUUUUCUUGCAUAUUAUAUAUGUGAAUUUUGGUUGCAAGUUCAUAACUUACUCAAGGGUAUAUAGACUCAGAAACAUCACUCUUUUAAAACAAUACUUAGUAUGAUAUCAUGCCUUCUCUGUAAAAACACCAAUUGAUAAUCAAGUUAUUUACAUAUUUUCAAACACAAUUCAGAGAAGCUCUCUUCUCAGCAUAAUUUAUUAUCGCUCUUUCUGCAUCUGUUAAGCACUAAUCUUAGUGCUUUG